CUUACAGACCUUCAUUACGCUUUUGCUUUCUUAUUGAGAUAUUUGAGAUCCGAGUGGAAUAUUAUAUUUCGCCAUAGUGAAAUAAUAAACAUAGUAGGCCUAUAUAUCUUUCCAGCGGGGGGCAGUAAAAGCCUUGAUCGUUUUUCAUACCUCUGCAAACUAAAACAGAAGAAAAAAGCGACAAAUUCGCAUACAUCUACAUCGCCCCAUUUUGAACUCUGCAUAACUGAAGUUCAUCCGUAUUAUUUUUUUAUCGUCAUUUAGGCACCUCAGCGCCCAUCAACAAUCUGCUCUGAACGUUAUUUGUGGAAGUUGGGUGUCGUGAAAUGUGACUUUGAAUGGAAACUCCCUCUUUUCGGUUUUGAGUUUUGCAAAUUUGAGUUUGCAGACAGAUGAGCUACGCCUCUUAAUACAGGAACUUUUCAUCGGAGUUGGAUAUAAGAUACAACGAGAAUGCGGGACCGGACCAAAGAAUUGGGCAAUACUGCUGAUGCCUCAGAUGAAGAUGAAGAAACCACAGCUCUCAUGAUAAAGCCCGGAUCUGGGAGCUCGGCAAACGAAGAGAAAGAAAACGAGGCUUUCUUUAAAAAGGUUCAGGAGAUUCGAGAGGGACUUGAAGCAAUUAAAAAGAAGGUGUCUGAAUUGGAGAACAAACAGAAAACAGUGUUAGGAGUCGCACUUCCAGAGGAAAGUAUGAAAAAGGAACUGCAGUCCUUCAGAGAAGACAUCAAAGUCAUGGCCAGCCAGAUCCAAAGGAAGUUAAAAAGCAUUGAACCUAAGAAAUCUGAAGGUGAAGACAAAUAUAUUCCAAUAAACGUUAGAAUGCGGAGAACCCAGCAUGGUGUUUUGUCCCGUGAAUUUCUGGAAGUGAUGGGUCACUAUAAUACAAUUCAAGCCCAAUACAGAGACAGAAAUGUGGAGAGGAUACAAAGACAACUCAAAAUCACUGGUAACAAUGUGACAGAUGAAGAGCUAGAAUCCAUGCUUGAGAGUGGACAAACUGAUGUUUUCACGCAAAAUAUUUUGAAUGAUGCUAAAGCUACCAGACAGGCUCUGAACGAGAUUGAGUCACGGCAUGAUGAGAUAAUCAAGCUAGAGAAAAGUAUUAAAGAGCUACAUGAUAUGUUUCAGUACCUUGCAAUGGAGGUGGAAGCACAGGGUGAAAUGGUGGACCGGAUUGAGGAGAACAUUAAGAGUUCCCAUAACUACGUGGAGAAAGCUGUUGCUGACACAGCUGCUGCUGUAGAAACUUCAAAAAAAGUGCACAAGGCAGCAACUGACUUGCAUUUUAUGAAUCAUCAAGGAUCACCGUUUCAGCCAAAAAUCUUCUUUACUGUUCUCCUGAAGAAAAAAGUCCCCUACAUCUUAGAUGACCUGAGGUGUUUUCCUUUAUUAGAUUUAUUUUUGCCCGUCAAGCACUGGGUUUUUUCUACCUAAACAGUCUUCCUGAAGUCCCUCUAACAAACAACAUCGCCAUGUGUAAACAUGACCAUUAUUGGUAUCCCAACUGUUUUGGUAGCUCCAUUUGCUUAAAUUCUAAAUUGUUGAUCUGUUGUUUUAGCUGUUUUGUCCUAUAAUUUCCUGAAAAUGUAUCUGCUGCACCACUUGGACAUUUAAAAAGUUACAUGGUAAAAACGGUUUGAAUUAACUGAUUGCUUUACUGACUGUAUUUCCAAGAUGGUGGACUUCAUUUGCAACACCAACACUAAAACAUGGUCAUAUAGGGUAGAUGAAGAAGAAAUGCUAAUGAGAUUCCUAAUAUAUAAC